ACUUGUAGCAUUAGGGUGUCGCCUAAUAUUAUUAUAUACCACCUUUCAUUAUUACCACAAAUAACAUAAAACGACCACCCCACUAACUCACUUCCACACUCUCUCUCUCCCUCUACUUCAACCACAACCCGCCGCUCAUUUUCUUCUCCGUCUCAUCCACUUACACUCCGUUUAUCAUUUCCCGACUAUGUAAAAUCCCAACGGCAAACAAACCAACACUUGGAAUAUCUUCUCACAUAAACAUAAGCAAAACACUCUUUCAAUGGCUUGGUUUGGUGUCGUUCGAUUCGGUUUGGUUCACAUUGCUCUGUUUUCAAGCCUUUGUUUUGCAGCAGACCCAACUAUCAACUAUGACAUGAAACUCUCUUACAUUUCCGCCUCUCCUCUUGGUGUUCCACAGCAGGUAAUAGCAGUAAAUGGGCAGUUCCCUGGUCCUAUUAUUAAUUCUACUACAAACAACAAUGUUGUUGUUAAUGUCCAUAACAAUUUGGAUGAGAAUCUCCUAAUGACUUGGUCUGGCAUCCAAAUGCGACGGAAUUCAUGGCUGUUUAUGAGAGAGAAAGAGGAAAAGACUAAUGGGGAAGAAACUGACAAUCAUAACACGUGUUAAUUUCCUUUUUUAAUAAUAUGCCACAUGUAAGGCUGAAAUUAAGUAUGUAUGUUAUGUAAAAAAUUACCGCUUUCAGCUCUUUA